AUGGCGGCGACGAUGCGCAGCGCCUGUGCCCUGGCGCUGGUCAUGGCGGUGGUCGCCAUGGCCGCCACCACCACCACCAUGGCCCAGAACUCGCCGGAGGACUACGUCGCCGCCCACACCGCAGCGCGCGCGGAGGUGGGCCUAGGGCAGGUGUGGUGGGACCAGAACCUGGCGGAUUACGCGCAGUGGUGGGCGAACCAGCGGCGCGGCGUCUGCGGGGGACACUCUGGUGUGGUCGGCUACGGCGAGAACAUCUUCUGGGGCUCCGCCGGCUGGCCGUGGACGGGGGUCGACGCCGUGAACACAUGGGUGGACGAGAAGCAGUACUACGACUACAACAGCAACAGCUGCUGGGGCCCGUACGGGUGCGGCCACUACACGCAGGUGGUGUGGCGCGAAUCCACGCUCAUCGGCUGCGCCCGCGUAGACUGCGACAACAAUCUCGGCGUCUUCAUCACCUGCAACUACUACCCGCAGGGGAACUGGAACAACCGCCGCCCGUAUCUGGCUGCAAGCUCUGCUGCUUAAUUAAGUAUGCACUACUGCUGCUGCAUGCGAUGGAUAUGAUCCAGCCAUCGUGCUACGUACUCCCUCGGCGCGCUACUCCUCGAGAGGUUCCAUCAAGUUCAUUUCUACGUCUG